AUGCCGAAUACUCGAAAGCGCAAGGGGUCGCCGGCACUCGAGGAGGCUGCAGAGGCGUCCAAGCGACGAUUCACUGAGACCGAACAGGAUGCGCACGAUGAGGAUACCACGCAAGAGGCCAACACGAAGUCUGAAACCGUAGAAGCACAAGCGGCUACGGGCGAUCAGGAGGGAACUUCAGUACCUCCGGCUUCAGAAGCGCCAGCAAACGAUCGUGCUGCUCGCUUUGCCGCUUUGCGCGCUCGCAACGCGGCCAGUCGCAAAUCGAAUCUACAAGACACCAAGCAUGAAGCCCAACGUGCUUCGGUCGACCCAUCUCAGCUCAAUUCUCUCAACCGCAAGAAAGAGGUCGCAAACCACAAGCUCUUGAAAGCUGAGGUCGAGGAAUCUGGCGAAGACUUCGAGCGCAAGCGAGCGUGGGACUGGACGGUGGACGAGAGUGAGAAGUGGGAUAAGAGGAUGGUAAAGAAGGAGCGCAAUCGCGAGAAGAACGCGUUCCAGGACUACUCUCAAGAAGCUGGGAAGGUGUACAAGCGGCAGCUUGGCCAGAUGGCGAAGGCGGGUAUGGACGAGAGGCUGGAGGCCUACGAGCAGGACAAGCGGGAUGCAAUCAACAGGGCAGUCCAGAGCGGUGGCUUGGAGAUUGUGGAAGCACCAGAUGGGGAGCUCAUUGCUGUGGACAAGGACGGCAGCUUUUAUUCCACCGCGGACAGCACAUCGUUUUCGGAGAACAAGCCUUCACGAGCUGCGGUGGACAGACUGGUUGGCGACAUCAAGAAGGCGGAAGAGGCUCGGAUGAAGAAGCGUAGAGAGCGUGGACGGGCAGACGACGAUGGAGGCGACGUCACCUACAUCAACGAGAAGAACAAGCAGUUCAACAUGAAGCUGGCUCGUUUCUACAACAAAUACACUGCAGACAUCAGAGACAGCUUCGAGCGAGGCACAGCGAUAUGA